ACAAGUACCUGCAAAUGUCAUCUUCAGAUUUAAAAUCGGAGCGUACGACUAUCACAAUGAAGGACUCGCUUCCUUCAUACAGUGGAAACAACUUGAUAGACCACAAAAAAUGUAGAUAUCCGCAUUGCAUCGUGUGGACUCCAAUCCCUUGUUUAACGUGGCUGUUCCCGUUCAUUGGACACAUGGGCAUUGGCACCACAGCUGGUGUUAUCCGGGACUUCGCUGGGCCUUACUAUGUCUCAGAAGACAACAUGGGCUUUGGAGAUCCAACAAAAUAUUGGCAGCUGGAUGUUGAGAAGGUGAGAGGUGGGAAAGAUGGGUGGGAUGCUGCGGUGGCGAAAGCUUCGGACGAAUAUGGUCACCGGAUGCACAACCUUUGCUGUGACAACUGUCACUCACAUGUUGCCAUGGCACUGAACUUGAUGAAUUAUGGGAACAGUUCGUCGUGGAAUAUGAUUAAGCUGUGCUUUCUCAUGCUGAUAUUUGGCAGAUAUGUCGGAUUGUGUGCAUUCAUCAAGACGUGGCUGCCCUUCCUGAUUCUCGCCAUACUGAUCACGAUCACCGUCCUCGCUACACAGACGGACUUGAUCCAAUAGGAGCACAGUGUUUUAAACUCGUCUAUCGGUGUUGGGAACACACAUAUUUAUAAUUAUGUUACAUCUGUUAAUGUCCAGGACACACUUGUAUUUAUAAUUACGUUACAUCUGUCAGUGUCCAGAACACACAUAUGUAUCACGCAAGGGAACACGCUGGAAAGAAUUUUCUUUUAGCCAGUUUUCAGAUUUGUAGAAUAUUCUGAAAAUGAUUGAGACUAGUUUAAGGAAAAUUUUAGUAGUCGGAUACUAUUGUAAACUGAUGGCGAGUGUGUUCUGUAAUAUGAUUGGUAAACUGCAUUCUUUUUCUGGGAUCAAAUGAAAAUAACACCCGGAAAGCUAAUGACAUCAUUAGAAAGGGACGUCAUUAGCAACUGGAACAGGCCAAGUUGACAGUUCAAGGGUCGACAAUAACACCCACAAAUCUAAAAACUCCAUAUGGUUAUCUCCUAAAUAUUGUAGCCACUUUGUAUCAAAUUUAGCGAUUGUCUAAUUUGGCAGUGGGCAGGGUGAGCCGUGUUCUUGAUAUUCUAGAGCUGAAAUGAUGUAUGAUGAUACUGUGUUAUUAAGUGAUACACUGAUUUAGGGCAGCUGUAUCGUGAUAUAUUUCGAUAUGUACAUAUUUUAAUACAUUUGGAGCAAAAAGAUGACAUAAAUGAUAAAAAAUAUACAUACAUAUAUACGUUUAAAACAUGCCUGAAGAAAGAAUUGUUGUCAUGUCAAAUACAAGAUAUUUUCCUUUUGAAUUGUACUUAAAACUUAUAUCUAUGGAUAUGAAAAGUUAAGUACAUGUAUCAUGAUCCGUAUUGUCUCGUAACCCACAUUUUGGGAUACGUAUCCAGGUUAUUCAUUAUCUGUCAGAAUAGGAGGUUGUUGGAGAAAAGUGGCUGGCUAUUUUUACUGAAUGAAUGAAUGAACAAAAGGACGAACGAACGAAUGUUCAACAACACUGCAGAAUGAAAAAUACAUCGGCUGUUGUGCUAUAUUUCCUGAAUGCGUAGUUGUGCAUAUCCAGGGUGUUCAUAUCUUUGAAAAUCUGUUGGAGAAAAGUGGCUAUAUUUACUAAAUGAACGAUUGAACGAAUGUUUAAUGACACCCCAGAAUGAAAAAUACAUCGGCUAUUGGGUGUGCUAUAUUUAUACAGUGGCGCGUAUACAGGGUGUCCAUAUCUUUGAAAAUAGGAAGCUGUUUAAGAAAAGGGGAUGGCUAUAUUUACUGAAUGAAUGAAUGAAUAUUUAAUGACACCCCAGCACAAAAAAUACAUCAGUUAUUGGGUGUGUUAUAUUUCCUGAAUGCAUAGUUGAGCGUAUCCAGGGUGUUAACAUCAUUAAAAAUAGGAAGCUACUUAAGAUAAGGGGAUGGCUAUGUUUACUAAAUGAAUGAAUGUUUAACAACACCCCAGCAUGAAAACUACACUGGCCUUUUGGUGUGCUAUAUUUAUUCAAUGCAUAGAAGACUGGUAAUGGUAGGAAUAACUGACAGAAAUCACCGCCUGUCACCUACUAUUGAAUACACUUCAUAUCCUAUUGUUACCUACCUGUGUGAUUAUACCUAUACGAUACACCCAACCUGUGUUUAAAAAAAAGAAAGUUGUCAGCAUUGAGAAGUACUUCUCAGUGAUCUGUACAACACUGUUUACAGUGGAAUGCUGUUGAGGGUCUUCACUCUCAGUGUUGAGCAGUGCUGAGCUAGUACAACACGCCCCUAAUAUCAGUAUGCGAUUUUGGUUUAAAAAGUUUAAGUGUCAUAAGAACUCCCUGUUUACAAGUCUUUAGAGCCCGCCACCAACCCAGCAAGCCAUGCCGUGCAUCUCCAGUAGAACAGAAGAUACACUAAAUGUUUUGCAUGAAACCAUGGAAAAGAUCGCUAUUCAAGACUGUGUUUUCCCAGGAUUUUGAGAUAUAUGUUGACUGUGUCAUUUCUAAGAAUCAAUGUAAUUUGUACAAAUAACUUUUAUGAGCCAUGCGGCCUUGUACAUGUAUGCUAGCCAAGCUAGAGAGUCCUAUAUGAAUUUUGUGAGCCUCAGGCUCCCAGACUCCUCAAAAUUGCAUGCAGCCUAUACAGAUACACUUGGUAAUUCGGACUACAUAUAGGGGUAGGCCGGGGGGAGAGGACUGACACCUUGCUCAAUGCUUUUACUGCUGUUGUAAGUAACAGAGAAAAUAUUACAUGUAGUAUUAGAGUACAUUUAUGCAUUACGGAGCAGUCAUUUUCACACUAACGUAUAUGACAUAAGGCUGUCAAUUUUGAUAAUGUUUAUUUCAUUGGAUGGUAUGGCUGUGGCAAUUGGGUCAUCACCUAGGGCCAGCCAUUACAAUGUAUUUGAAUCAAUAACGUGUGUGAUCAUAAAUAACAUAUGGUGCAGGGCUUGAAAUACAUGUAUGAAGUAAAAUAUAGCUUGCUGUUAUUUUUUUUAAUAGCGUGACAAUAGAAAUAUAUCCUGCUAAGACAAAAUAUGAUCUGCUGAGAAUAUAGAUAGUAUGGGAUGAGGGAAGGGUUUGGGAUGGUGUGUGAAAACAAUAGGACCUCUGAGAAUAUAGACAGUAUGGGAUGAGGGAAGGGUUUGGGAUAGGACAUAGGACCUCUGAGAUGUAUUUUACUGCAGAAUCAUGAGCCAAUUAAUCAUGCAUGCAUUUUUCUCUUGAAAAAUGACCUGCAAUUUUGAUGGGGGUUGGUAGCAGGUGAAUUUCUAUUGUAUCUGCUAGGUCAAAAAUAUUGUCUUCUUUUUUGCCUUUCGCAGGCCGCUAUUUGAAGCCCUGCAAUGGGUGUGUAAGAAAUUAUGAUAUGUAUUGUGAUACAGGAUACCUAUGUCUCAAUAUGUCAUGAUACAAAGUUCUCACAAUUCCCAUCCUUGACAUAUAGGUGAGACAUAUUUACUACAUAAUUGUAAUUUGUAUUGCACACCAUUACAUUUGGACAUAUGGUUCACUUUGAAUACACACACACACACUCACACAUGUAUAUAUAGAGGUUAUUACCAGAGUUUUUCGGUAUCAUCAAUAUAUAUUAGGAAUAAAAAUUGUAUUAUGCGAGCAUAAUACA